AUGGCCUCUGACAAGCCCAAAGACAAUUCUCCAGAUGUGGAGUUCUUCAACGAGAAGGAAAAGAUAGCUGAUGUUUCAUCCGUCGCCUCCUCGCAAAGUCUUGUUGACGAAGCAGCGCUCGAACGACCAGAAGGAGUGGCAACUCAGGUCAUAUCCACCCAAGAUGAUCCUGAAUUACCGGUUUUUACGUUCCGUGUCGUGUUCCUCGGCAUCGGUUUGAGCGCGUUCUCUUCAGUUCUCGGAACCAUAUACACUUUCAAGCCCCAGAAUGCCACAGUAUCGCAACUUUUCUGCCUCAUCAUCGCUUAUGUAUUGGGAACAGCGAUGGCAGCCCUUCCUCAACAAGGCUUCUGGCGUUAUCUGAACCCAGGGCCAUUCAACAUCAAAGAGCAUACCGUCAUUGUCAUCAUGUCCUCAACAGCCGCAAGUGUCGCCGUAGCCAUGGAAAUCAUCGCUGCCCUCGACCUCUUCUAUGACCUCCGCCUCAACUCCGCCGUCGCCAUCUUCUCAAUCUUCUCUACUCAAAUGAUAGGAUAUGGCUUUGCAGGAAUAUUGAGGACUUUCCUGGUCUAUCCGACAUACGCCUUCUACCCUACAUAUAUUUCCAUCGUAAAUCUGCUUCAAAGUCUUCACUUUGGUGGCACGCUCAAUGCGAAGCGCCGCAAGUUCUUCUGGAUCGUGUUCACUGCCAUCUUCUUCUGGGAAUGGAUUCCACAAUACGCGUUUCCGCUCUUAACCGCCAUCUCGAUCAUCUGCUUAGCUGAUAAUGGCCGUCACGACUUCGUUCGCAAUCUCUUUGGAGCGGGAUCAAGUAAUGAAGGAAUUGGUUUAUUCUCCUUCAGCACGUCGUGGACAUUGAUUACCCAAGGAAAUCCUCUCGUAUGGCCGCUGCGAACCCAGGUCAAUUCUUUCAUCGGCAUGGGAUUGGGAUAUAUCGUCCUCACGACAGCGUACUACUCCAACGUCUUCAACGGACGGGACCUCAAGUUUAUGUCCACCUCUCUGUUCGGCCUCGAUGGAAACACCUACAACCAAUCUGCCGUCAUAGGCCCUGACUUCAAGCUCGACCAAGAUGCGCUCGAGAGCGUCGGCCUACCUCGCUACACCACGACCUACGCGAUAUCGCAACUUUGCUACAACCUGUCGCUUGGGGCCUCAUUCACCUACAUUGUGAUCUGGCAUUGGCCGGAGUUGAGGGCCGCAUUCGGAGGCAUGCGGUUCCUAAAGCGAGGCCAUGCCGAUAUCGACGAUCCUCACUAUAAAGAAAUGCAGAAGUAUCCUGAGGUCCCUCAAUGGGCCUACGGUCUUCUCUUCCUUGUUUCUCUUGGCGUAGGAAUUGGCUGCAGCUAUGCUGGGCCGAACGGGACCGUUCUAAUCCCAGCCUGGAGUAUUAUUUUCCUCACAGUCCUUAGCUUCCUUAUCGCUGUUGUCCUCGGUUUCAUUACUGCCACCACGGGUUUCAAUAUAUCCGUGAAGUAUGCCAUCCAAAUUAUCGCAGCCUUUCUUCAUCCCGGGCAGCCAAUACCCGUCAUGUAUGCAAAUCUAUUCGGUAAUAGCGCAUCAUUCCAAACCUUGUACAUGCUUCAAGACUUGAAGCUCGGCCAAUACACGAAGGUUCCGCCCCGCAUGACUUUCGCAGCGCAAAUGGCUGGUUCAAUUGUUGGUUCGAUUUUCAACUUCACAAUGAUGAAAAUCAUUGUAUCGAACAACAGAGAGGUUCUUAGGGAUCCAAUCGGCACCCGUGUGUGGAGCGGCUGGAUAAUCCAGCAAUACAACUCGGCUUCUGUAGCAAUGGGUGCUUUUGGGAAGGAACUCUAUUCCAUGGGGAAACCUGCCGGCUACUGGAUCAUUCCUUUCGGGAUGUUUAUUGGCUUGUUUAUGCCGUUGCCGUUCUGGAUUGUGUGGAAGUUGGCACCGCCUAAAUCACUGCUUGCUCGUACGAUGAAAUACAUUAAUGUUCCCGUCGUCGCCCUUUACAUCGGAUGGCUUCCAUACUCUGUCAAUGGCCAAUGGUGGUCCUGUGUCGUCAUCGGAUUCAUAUCUCAAUGGUGGCUCAGGACGAGGCGGCCACGCUGGUUCGUCAAGUAUAACUACUUGCUGUCGGCGGCUCUGGAUGGAGGAAGUCAAGUCAUCCUAUUCAUCCUGUCCUUCGCCGUUUUCGGUGCAAGUGGAAAUGAGGUCCCCUUCCCCUCCUGGUGGGGAAAUAGCGCAACGCUAAGCGUCGACAGGUCGGCAACGCGAAUAAACAUUUCUUCCGUCUUUUGGCCACCGCCUGACAGCUGCUCACCUCAAGCCCAAGAGCCGUUCACUGUGCGCAGCCAUACUCGAGGUAUUGACCCCAAUAACCAUCUCACAGAUAUCCUCCAGGUUUAG